CGUGGGGAGGACGAGGGGAGACGUGGGGAGGACGAGGGGAGACACGUGGGGAGGACGAGGGGAGACACGUGGGGAGGACGAGGGGGGAGACGUGGGGAGGACGAGGGGAGACACGUGGGGAGGACGAGGGGAGACGUCGGGAGGACGAGGGGAGACGUGGGGAGGACGAGGUGAGACGAGAGGACACGGGGGGGGGGGGGGGGAUCAUGUCCACCCACAACGGGUCUCCCGCGGGAUGGAGCGGCCGAGCGAGGAGAGGAGGUGGCUCGCUCGGCGACAGCGACGUGAAGGAGAAUGGUGUUGGUUGUGGUGUUGAUGGUGGUCAGGAGGAGGACGAGGAGGAUGAGUGGAGCCUCCUCUCAGAAGAGGAGCGCGAAUGUCUCCGUUACUUUGACGCCACGGUCGAGUCCGCGGCUGCACCGGAACCUCCGGGCGAAGGGGACCCGCGAGGGGACCCGCAAGGGGACCCCCGAAGACCCCGGGAGACGAGGAGGAGCGUCCACCACCACCACAACCACCACCACAACCAAAAGCACCACGAGAACGGGCUGGGAGAUGAGGCGGCUGUGAUGAGGUCUCCGAGGGAGAGCGGCGGGCACGCGGGGAGACAGGGGACCCCCCCCGGGACCCCCCCUGGGACCCCCGCGACCCCGGGGUCCCAGGGAGAGGGGGACGCGGAGCUGGGCGCUGAGGAGAUGGCGGCGCUGAGCUACCUGGACGCGAGCAUCCGGCACGGAGAGCAGGAAUUGCGCGACUUCCCCGACCCCGCGGGGAUGACGCCCGAUGCCCGGGCCGUGCUUCCCGAGGGCUCCGGUGGGGACGCGGACCCCAGGAGUCGGAGGCCAUACCUCUUCCCGCGGCCCAGUGUGCGUCUGCCCGACGGGAGGCCGGCAUCGAGAGGACGGGGGAGGAGCGAGGGCGAUGAGCGGAAUGAGGAUGAUGAGAGGAGGGAUGAUGAGGGGAACGAGGAGGACAAGGCGGAGGAGGUUGACGAGGUGACCGACGUGUCUACCGGGCCCCACCGCGUCCGCGCGCAACUCCGAACGACGGGGACGAGAGGAGUGGACGAGGAAGGCGGAGAUGGAACGCGUGGGCUUGGACGAGGAGGUGGAGGCGGUGGCAGCUGUGGGGGAGGUGGUGAUGGAAUGCGUGCUGAUGUAGCGAGGGCAGAUGGAGAGCGUGGUGAUGGUGGACGAGGUGGUUGUGGAGACGGAAGGCCUAACGGAGGAGGUGGAGCACAGAGGCUGGAGAACCAGGGACCUGGAGUCGAAGCCGAGAGAUGCCGGGGCACGGGCGUCGUGCGGCGCUGCUCCGUGAAGUUCCCCGCGGGACCUGGGCAGGACCACGCCCGGCAGGAGGCCCUCGCCAGGCUGGGGCUCCUCAAGAAGGACUCCGUGGGCAAGGGGGACCCACGGGGCCCGCGCUCCCCGCAGUGCGGCCCCAGGGGGCCCGCUCGCGCCCCGUCACCGGGUGCCCCCCUCUCUCCGGGGCCCUCGAGUCCCACGGGUUCCGCGAGCCCCACCAGCCCCACCGGCCCCACGGGGCCCUUGGGCCACGCCGGGGACGGUAGCAGGGGCCCUGGGCGGGCAGGCAGGUCCCCUCCUCAUGGGCAGCAGGGGCAGCGGCCGGGCCUGAGGCCCUCUGGCAUCACGGUUCACUUCUCACCGCGCGGACGCGCCGCAGAGGAGGAGCACAGGGAGGCGCUGAGGAAACUGGGGCUGCUCAAGGCCUGAGCCACCGAGGUGACCCCCAGUCUGGGAGGGUGGUGGUGGAGGGGGGGGGGGGUCCCUCUUAACGCGUUUAACUUGGGUGGAGGAAGUCAGGCAGGGGAACACGAGAGGGGGGAGCAAGGGGAUUCCCCCAGGGGGGGUUAACCCGAGAUGACACGCACACACCAGGCGGUGUGAGGUCUUUGGUGGCCACGUUCCUGAACAGUCGCUUACCAUGCCCGGCCCCGACAAACUCCCCACCUCCUCAACACCAAGCAACCUUCACGGCGCUCGAUGAUGGGGAUGAUGUUGAAGGAGAGGAUGAUCGUUGAUGAUGAAGAUUAUGGUGUGGAUGAUGUCGACGACGACGGUGAUGAUGAUGUUGAGAUGACGGCGUCGCGAGAAUAUUUAUACCUGCAGAGGCGUUCUGGGAUUACGGUAUAGUCGCUCAUAUAUACGGCACAGUACAUGCAUAUAGUGUACCAUAGAGAGAGAGACUAAGACGGGAAGAUGCGCUCUCACUCGCACAGACGCAAGGGCGCACCGACACACACAAACACGUAGUUACUUACACAGAUGCCACACACGUGCACAAAGAUAAGUCACACACAGGUACGCAUAUGCAUACACAUUGACAUACACGCAUACAAUGACACAGGAAAAGAUCCCCCGUCUAGCCUGAACAGACUGUUGGGGCAAGUGCUGUUAUCGAGCGCCUAUGAAGGCGGCCACGAGGGGGUGGGUGGCCAGCACCACGCCCGGCCACCUUUGUCUUCCUAGUCACGACGAUUACGCACGGCACCAGAUACUCAUUUGAGGCUGAGUCGACCUGGAGGCGGCCCAGGACCGGUUCAGAUAAUCGUCACUUGUGCUAACCGUGAGCAGGAAUCGCACUCGGGUCGCUGGGUUCAUUGCGCACCGCGCUAACCGCUGCGCCACCGCUCCCUAUAUACAAAGCCACCACACACACUGACGCGCCCGCUUCUGUACGAAUUAAAAUGUGAACUGGA